AUGCCGAAACAGAGGAAAACGAAAAUGGAACGAAGAACCCAUUUUCCCAAUCCAAACCCUUCAUUUCUUCGUUGUUUCGAAUCUCCUUUAUAUCAUUUCAUCUCCUUUCAAUGGCUUCCACAAAACCCAUAACUCAAAACAACCUCUCCAACCCCAUAAUCCCCCACUUCACUUAAAAAGCUUAAAACCUUUGUUUCUCUCUGUUCCCCAUGGCGACCCAUCAAACCAGACCACCUUCAACGCCUUAUUCACCUCUAACCGACCAACAAGACGACCUUCAAGACAUCGACGACUCCAUUUCCUCAAAUGGGUGUGGCUGUUUUCAGCUGUUCGGGUUCGGAUCCAAUCGGAAUAGGAAUUACGAAGGUGGAAAUCUUCUUCAACAGAAACAAGGGAGGGAAGAGGAGAGUUGGAUGGUGAAGAGAUUGAAGAAGGUGAGGGAGGUGUCGGAAAUGGUGGCUGGACCGAAAUGGAAGAACUUCAUUAGAAAGAUGGGUGGAUAUUUGAAGGGGAAGAAAGAGAGGAAUCGAUUUCAGUAUGACCCUGAAAGCUAUGCUUUGAAUUUCGAUGGGGGUUUUGAUGGAGAAGAAGAUGAUCAUCAUCCACCUAUUGGGUUUUCUUCGAGGUUUGCUGUGCCUUUGGCUUCUAGGGAAUAACAUUGAAGGAAAUAAUUUGAUUGAUUGAUUUCAUUGUGAUUGUUAAUGGAAAUACUUAUAAUGUCAAUUAUAUACAAAAAGCAUUAUGAUAUGUUAUUUGAUUUUGUGUGUAUAUAUAUUAUCGAGAAAGUUAGAAAUUUUGGUAGGGAUGACCUAAAUUUUACAAACGGAAUAUCAUUUGAUCUAAAUUUUGAUUCUUA